GUACUUCCUGUAUCAGAGCAGGCUUGGCUAAAAACCAGCGGGUUUUUAUCCUCCUGACCUAGCGAGCUGCCGCGGGAGGAGGACUGUCAGCCCGGGAUCGCGCGUCUCCCCUUUGGAACGUGGCUUGGCAUCUCCAAGCAGGAGAGCUGCAUGUGGGGGAGCAAAGCCCGCGGGAGACCAUGGCAGUCCUCAAACUGACCGACCAGCCACCGCUGGUCCAAGCAAUUUUCAAUGGUGAUCCUGAUGAGAUACGUAUAUUAAUCUACAAAACAGAAGAUGUUAAUGCUCUGGACACAGAGAAGCGUACCCCACUUCAUGUUGCCGCUUUCUUGGGAGAUGCAGAGAUUAUUGAGCUCCUCAUCUUGUCCGGAGCCCGUGUCAAUGCCAAGGACAACAUGUGGCUGACUCCUCUCCACCGAGCUGUUGCUUCAAGGAGUGAAGAAGCCGUACAAGUAUUGAUUAAGCAUUCAGCUGAUGUCAAUGCCCGAGACAAGAACUGGCAGACACCCCUACAUGUUGCAGCUGCAAAUAAAGCUGUGAAGUGUGCUGAAGUGAUCAUUCCACUUCUGAGUAGUGUCAAUGUCUCUGACAGAGGAGGUCGGACAGCAUUACACCAUGCAGCUCUUAAUGGCCAUGUUGAAAUGGUGAAUUUGCUUUUGGCUAAAGGGGCAAACAUUAAUGCCUUUGACAAAAAGGACCGAAGAGCUUUACACUGGGCAGCAUACAAGGGCCAUUUGGAAGUUGUUUCAUUACUGAUCAGUCAUGGUGCUGAAGUGACAUGUAAAGAUAAGAAGGGUUACACUCCACUUCAUGCUGCUGCAUCCAGUGGCCAGAUCAGUGUGGUGAAACACCUGCUCAAUCUUGGUGUGGAGAUUGAUGACAUGAACAUCUAUGGAAAUACUGCCCUUCAUAUUGCCUGUUAUAAUGGGCAGGAUUCUGUGGCUAAUGAGCUGAUAGACUAUGGCGCUAAUGUCAAUCAGCCCAAUAACAGUGGAUUCACGCCCCUGCAUUUUGCUGCCGCUUCUACUCACGGGGCGCUUUGUCUGGAACUGCUUGUGAAUAAUGGGGCAGAUGUAAACAUUCAGAGUAAAGAUGGGAAAAGCCCACUGCAUAUGACAGCUGUCCAUGGGAGGUUUACACGAUCACAAACUCUCAUUCAGAAUGGAGGUGAAAUUGACUGUGUUGAUAAAGAUGGCAACACUCCCCUCCAUGUGGCUGCAAGAUAUGGACAUGAGCUUUUGAUUAAUACCCUAAUAACCAGUGGAGCUGAUGCUACCAAAUGUGGCAUCCAUCGCAUGUUUCCUUUACACUUGGCAGCACUUAAUGCACACGCUGACUGCUGUAGGAAGUUGCUUUCAUCAGGCUUUGAAAUAGACACCCCAGAUAAAUUUGGAAGAACGUGCCUCCAUGCUGCUGCUGCAGGAGGCAACGUUGAUUGUGUGAAACUCUUGCAGAGCAGUGGAGCAGAUUUGAAUAAAAGGGACAAAUAUGGAAGAACACCUUUGCACUAUGCAGCUGCAAAUUGUCAUUUUCAAUGUAUUGAGAUGCUGGUAACCACAGGGGCCAAUAUUAAUGAAACUGAUGACUGGGGACGAACAGCUUUACACUAUGCUGCAGCCUCAGACAUGGACAGAAAAAAGAAUAUUUUGGGUAACUCCCAUGAAAAUGCUGAAGAAAUUGAAAGAUCCAAUGAAAAGAAGGAAAAAGAAGCUGCAUUAUGUCUAGAAUUUCUUCUUCAAAAUGAAGCGAACCCUUCAAUUCAGGACAGAGAUGGCUAUAAUACAGUGCACUAUGCUGCUGCUUAUGGACACAGGCAGUGUCUAGAACUGCUUCUGGAAAAAACAAAUAACAUUUUUGAGGAAUCAGAUUCAACAGCGGCAAGAAGUCCUUUGCAUUUAGCUGCCUAUAAUGGUCAUCAUCAAGCAUUGGAGGUGCUGCUUCAGUCACUAGUAGAUCUGGAUAUUAGGGAUGAAAAAGGACGUACUGCCCUGGACCUCGCUGCAUUUAAAGGACACAUGGAGUGUGUCGAAGCGCUCAUCAAUCAGGGUGCUUCUGUCACAGUGAAAGAUAACAUCACACAACGAACCCCACUUCAUGCCUCAGUCAUCAAUGGGCAUACAUCAUGUCUACGACUUUUAUUAGAAGUAACAGAUAACCCUGACGUGGUGGAUGCCAAAGGACAAACUCCACUGAUGCUUGCUGUGGCUUAUGGGCACAUAGACGCUGUUUCCUUGUUACUUGAAAAAGAGGCAUCUGUUGAUGCAGCUGAUAUCCUGGGAUGCACUGCUUUACAUCGAGGGAUUAUGACAGGGCAUGAAGAAUGCAUUCAGAUGCUGUUGGAACAAGAAGUAUUAAUUCUGUGUAAGGACGCCAGGGGCAGAACACCUCUACAUUAUGCAGCAGCUCGUGGUCAUGCCACAUGGCUGAGUGAAUUAAUGCAGUUGGCACUUUCAGAAGAAGACUACAAUUUUAAAGAUAAUCAGAGUUAUACACCAUUGCACUGGGCUUCUUAUAACGGAAAUGAAAACUGUAUAGAGGUACUGUUGGAACAGAGACCUUUUCGCAACUUUAAUGGAAACUCUUUUUCUCCAUUGCACUGUGCAGUAAUAAAUGAUCAUGAAAAUUGUGCUUCACUACUCAUUGGGGCAUUUGGCGCUGGCAUUGUCAAUUGUAAAGAUGAAAAAGGAAGAACUCCACUUCAUGCAGCAGCCUUCGCUGAUCAUGUGGAAUGCUUGCAGCUCCUUUUAAGUCACAAUGCACAAGUAAAUGCUGCAGAUAAUUCAGGGAAAACUCCACUUACCAUCGCUGCUGAAAAAGGGCAUGUAGGGACUGUAGAUUUUUUGGUGAACAGUGCUAACGCUGAUCUAACCUUGACGGAUAAGGACUUGAAUACAUCCUUGCACUUGGCUAGCAGUAAAGGUCAUGAAAAAUGUGCCUUGUUAAUACUUGACAAGAUACAAGAACAGAGCCUUAUUAAUGCAAAAAACAAUGCAUUACAAACACCUCUUCAUAUUGCUGCACAGAAUGGCUUGAAGAUGGUAGUUGAGGAAUUAUUAGCAAAGGGGGCGUGUGUACUGGCAAUAGAUGAAAAUGGUCAUACACCAGCCCUGGCUUGCGCUCCUAACAAAGACGUGGCUGACUGCCUGGCACUCAUUUUGGCUACCAUGAUGCCUUUUUCUCCUUCCAGUACAAUGACGCCUCUCAACUUCGUUUCUUUUAAAAAAGACCAUAUGAGCAGGACUCAUCUCUGCAAUAGCUCCAAUAUGAGUAACACCCUUAACUCAUAUAGUAAACCCUUAAGUAAUGAUGCAGGAGCAGAAAACGGAUACAAUGAAAAUGAUUCUGAUUCUGAAACAUUUUGACUUUUAACGUUCAGUGCUCCUUUCUUGAUUGCAUUUGGAUUUAAUCUGAAAUUUCCUUUAGAAACACCUGAAUUCCUGAGUUUCGCGUCACCUUCACUUAUGAAUGAGAAUGGCAAAGACUAAAAUUUGCCAUUAAAUAGAGCCUUUUAGAAAAUGUGAGGAUUUUUUUAGAAUGCACUCUAGUUAAUGUUCUACUUCCAGCACUACUGUGCUUUCCAUAAAUUCUAAGGGCUCCUCUGGAAGUCUCUACCUCCUAUUAUAUGAAGAAAAAAGAAGCUGCCUUUUUCUGUUUUGACAGCACAAGUAAACAGGGAACUGUUACAUUUAUAUUAAUGUGUUAGCUCUAUUAUACCGCUGAUAUAAAAUCAUUUUUCCAGUAUAGUGUUUCUAGGUUGUCAGAAGACAUUCCCAUUUCUAGUAUCUCUUGUAUAGAUAUAUGGUCUUCAUUUUUAGAUAUCUUUGUUAUAAAAACCAAAGGUAAAGCCACAAAUUUUGAUUUGAACAAAUACUGCCAAUAUCACCACUUUCUGUGGCAAUUCAGACUUCUAAAUUCAUCACAGUACUACACAAUAGGUGUUUUUAGAACAAUAGGUAUUUGCUACUUCCGUUUACAAUUUAAAAUCUUUAGGGUCAAAUCUUGCUUGCCCAGUCACAACAUAACCACCUGCAGCUGCAGCAAAGAGAUUAUUGUAGAGGCAGAUGAGAUUUGCCGCCUUUUUGUUACCAUUUAGCACAAGCACGCAUGGUUUAUUUGCACUCUCCAAAUAGGGAUCCUUGGAAACUUGUGUUACCUGUGCUGUCUAGCAAUUAUUUGUUCUAGGAAAAAUCAGUUCUAAAUGUAAUGCCUAACAAACCUAAAUGUGUCACCCUGCCCGUUUGAAUUGAUUUCUUUGUUAUCUUUACGUGUAAUGUGAUUUUUAUCAUAAGCAUUGUCUGAUUUUUUGGAAAGUGUGCAACAAUGAGAUCAAUCAAAUUACAAUCCUCUGUAUUUACUAUUGCUGUGCUAAGAUGCAAACAGGAGAUAAAACCAAAACAUAAAGUGUAAAAGUUAAGUAAUCAUACGGAAGGGAACUGGGUUGUACUAAAUAGUCCUGCUGGCAUCAGUUUACUUUUUAAACAUUUGCAUUAUGAAUAUCUACUCCUUCUGCCAAAGCUUCUAGGUCAAACGGACCCUUUUCUUCGCCUGAGAAAGGUGUACAGAAAGAAGAGUGACACUCUUAAAAUAUAAAGAACUAACCAGCUAUACCAUGAGGACCAAAAGGCUUCAGAAGACUUUAUUAUUUUUUUAAUAAUACAAGGGGGGAAAAAAUCAAGUAACUUUUCUAAUCACAAAUGCACAAAAUGUGUUUUCUGUAAUUAAGAGUCUUGAGUUAUUUCUAGUAGAUACUUUGACAUUUGUAACCGACGAUGAUGUGUUGAUCACAGUUUAUUUUUCCAGACUAGUGUUCAUACUGUAAUGUUAAAUGUGUUUAUAUUUAUUUGAAAUGAAACAAGUGCCCAGAAAAAUUGACCAUGGUUUGUCCUCCUUCUUAGUUCUUUUAUGUAUUAUUAGCUAUAAGCAAAUUUAGUAUGCUGAGCUUGAUGGAACAAAUGGGCACAGUUAUAGUUUCCAGCUCUUACUCAGCAAGCUGGGAAUAGCUUCAAAAGCCAAGUGCCAUUCAUGCACACUUUGUCAAGAGCAGUCGAGGAGUACAUUGCAUAGUAUUUGUUGCCAGAGUAGAGGGGAACAUAUAAAGGAAAAAAAUGUGGGAUUUAUUCUUUAGGAAGGGGAUUUUUAAAAAUUUGUCAUAGUGCAAAAGGAAAAUUAUGGAAUCAAGAGAGAACUGCCCUUCCUUCUUCAUGGAAGCAAAAUACCUUUUUACCUGAAACAGAAGCAGUAGACCUUCUACUGCUUUGUUGUCUGUUCUAUACAAGUCUUCGAAAUAAUUUAAUACAACCACUCAUUGCUAUAUAUCCAAGUAUGUUAGAAACAGAAUAUGUGAAUUUAUUAUUGGGUGAUCAGUGCAUAAUGUGACAAAGGGGAUCACAACAGUUUUCCCUGCUACCAUCUAUAAACAAGGAGAUUUGCUGGAAAAGCUUCCAUCCUGAGACUGCACCUUCAUCGAAGUGGGAUAUAUUUUAAUGCUGGGCUGUACAACUGUUCAUUGCAAAAAAUAGAAAUAGACUUCUUGCAAUGUAACAGAAGUGUAGAAAAUAUUUCCAAUUUGAAACAGCUGAUUCUGCACAAUAUUGUUCUGAGUUCACUGAAAGUGUUCUGCUGUACCAAUAUUACAAGAAGCGUUCCAAAUUUAAAAUGCUUUACGCGUGUCUAACACGUAA